ACAAAUGAGGCUGAGGCCGCGGAAGUCUCGUCCGGAGCAACCGAAACUAGAAGUGAGCAGGAGCAACCUGCACUUAUCAGCAAUGUACGGGUGUGCGCUAUUGCAGAGAAAUACAACAUUACAUCCCUAAAGAGCCUCGCACAGGCAAGGUUCUGUAUUUGGGCCGAAAGGAAUUGGACUCAUCAAGACUUUCACGAUAUAGUGAGAGACGUAUUCCAGUCGACUCCGGAGAGCGACCGAGGUCUUCGGGACAUCAUUGUCCACAGCGUGGCUAAGCACGCCCAAAAAUCUUGCUUAAAAACGGAAUUCUACAAUGUCAUUCGAGAAAAUGGUGAGCUGGGACUAGGUACACUGCGCCAGGUAUUGGCCUCGCACUCUGAAGAUUGG